AUGUCAAGUAAUAGCUAUGAGUUGCCUUUAUCUCAUGGUGGUGUGAAAGAGGAAGAAAAAAAAAAUAUAAGAUCGUCUUCGAAAUACUAUCAGAAUAAACCAAACAGCUGGCAAAGGCGAAUUUCACAGGUUAUAAGUAGACAUAAAACCAAAUUCGCUAUACUUUUUGGUAUUAUUUUCUUAUUCCAAUGGUUACAAGACCCUUCAAUUAAUGAAAUUAAUAACAAUAGUAAUUCUAUUAAAAACUCAAAAAAAGUUGCAAAUAAUCCUUCUGGUUUCAAUGAAGAUACUUUAUUGAAAUAUGGCGAUUUACCAUCCUCUGUUUCUUCAAGAAAAUUCAGUUGGAAGAAUCCAAUUUCUUGGUUUUGGAAUCCAAAUCCUAGAAUUGUUAUCAUUCUGGCUGCAAACGACGGUGGUGGUGUUUUGAGAUGGAAAAAUGAACAAGAAUGGUCAAUCGAACGUAUCUCUAUAAACAACAAGAUGGCUUACGCUAAAAGACACGGCUACGCUUUAACUUUAAAAGAUUUAACUGUUUCAAAAAGGUACUCUCACGAAUAUAGAGAAGGUUGGCAGAAAGUUGAUAUCUUGAAGCAAACUAUGAGAGAAUUCCCUGAUGCAGAAUGGUUCUGGUGGUUAGAUUUAGAUACAUUAAUCAUGGAACCAGAUCGUUCACUGGAAGACCAUAUUUUUUCAAGAUUAGAUGAAUUAGUAGACCGUACUUUGAACCAUUUUAACCCAUUAAAGAUAGAAGUAGAUAUACCUUAUGUCGAUUACACAGAACAAAUCGAUCUAUUAAUAACUCAAGAUUGUGGUGGUUUUAACUUGGGUUCAUUUUUAAUUAGAAAUAGUGAUUGGUCGAAACUUUUAUUAGAUAUAUGGUUCGAGCCUGUCGCAUACGAGCAAAAACACAUGGUAUGGGAACACAAGGAACAAGAUACAUUAGAAAGUUUAUAUGCAUCUCAAGCAUGGGUUCGUUCUAGGGUAGGAUUCUUACCCUUAAGAGCAAUUAAUGCUUUCCCACCUGGUGCCUGUUCCGAAUUCAGCGAUGAUCCAAGAUUCUUCUAUAACGAGGGAGCUAGAGACUUUGUUGUGAACAUGGCAGGUUGUAACUUUGGUAGAGAUUGUUGGGGUGAAAUGAGCCAUUACACUUCUUUGAUGGAAAAAUUCCAAUCCAAGUGGUAUUCAAAAUUGUUCUCCUGA